AUGGCAAACGGCCUUGACGAUUAUGAUCUUGUCUUUGGAGUAGAUUUUGGAACAAUCAACUCUGGCUAUUACUUGCUUAGCUUGAAGAAUGAUACAUCCAGAGAUAAAUUCGAUCAAAGUCAUUUGUGGAAAUACAAAGAGGAACCAUCUACAAUGUUUUAUAAGAAAAAUUCAAAAAAGCUUUUUAAAUAUGGAGAAUUGGCUGAUUGCGAAUUCAAGAAUAAUCUCAAUUCAGGAUAUUAUGCGAAUAGAGUGAAGAUGUGGCUGGACAGAACCAUUAAGAAUCCAGCUUUACCGCCUCAUCUAAAGCCAGUAGAAGUCAUCGCUGACUACUUGAAAAAAAUGAGCGUUCCCAUGGACAGACAGUUACGGUUAUACAACAACAUUGGUGAUGGUUUUAAGUGGAGAUAUUGUAUGACAGUCCCUAAUAUGUGGCCCGAACAAUCCAAGAGUAUCAUGAGAGAGGCUGCAAUAUUAGCUGGUUUUGUUACAGAGGGGAAUGAUAUAGACAAGCUUUUAAUUAUCGAUGAGGCUUUAGCUGCUGCAUUACAUUCUGACAGAGUUUCUUCUGAACUAAAGCUUGCACAUGGCAGCCGGUUUCUGAUCUGCGAUGCUGGUGGUAGAAAUAUAAACAUUUCCACAUUUGAGAAGGACAAUUUGUCAGGAAUAAGUGGUCUGAAAGAGAUUACUAUUGGAGAUGGCGGUUCCUGUGGAUCCAUCCUUCUGGAAAAUCUGUUUGAAGCUCUACUUAGAAAGCGAAUGUAUAUACACUCGGGCUAUAGUGAAAGAAACAAGGAAAACACUUUAUGGUACUUUAAUUACAAGUUAAAGUAUAUAUUUGGUGGCGACAUGAAGAAAACAUCUUAUUAUAUGAAAAUGAUUAAUCAAGAAUACAUACGUGGGCAUCCAAAUAUAGGCGAAGAGGAAGGAAUAUCAUUGGAUGCAAUUCAGACAAGCGUGUUUGAUCCAGUAGUAAAUGAAGUACUCGGUAUGAUUGAGAAACAGCUCAUACAGCUGAGAGGCAAGACUUUGAACGCUAUAUUCAUAACUGGAGGAUUUGGACAGUCACCAUAUCUACAAAAACGAAUGAAGGAAACUUUUAAGGGUCGAGUGAAGCAUUUCAAGGUUAUUGAAGAUGGUCAUGAAGCUGUAAUGAAAGGAGCAGCUUUAUUUGGCUUCAAUCCGUGUAAAAUCACACAAAACAUCAUACGUUGUACAUAUGGUAUAAGGAUAAGCUUACCCAGUAGCACAUCUGAUGACAGUAGUGAUCUCAAAUCCGAAAAAGAAAAGAUCUAUGUUUAUAUCCGUAAAGGGGAAUCAGUUAACAACGAUAUGUGGAUCAGUAGAAGCCAUGUUUGGAAAAACAAUAGCCUGCCAGUUAUAUUGGCUAUCUUCAACCAAAAAUAUCCAGAUGAUCAAACAAAAGAAAUUAUCGAUGAAGUGCUGACCAUCGGAAUACGAUUUGGCUCAAAUAGAGUUGAAAUCAAAGUUAAUUCUGGCGGGAGACAGUUCGAGUAUGUUAAUACUUGA